UACAGAUGACGCCCUGGGGCGGGUAACACAGAGACGGAAGUGACACAGAGCUGGGUCACCGCCCAUAGCCUUCUGUCUGGCUUGAUGUAAACAGAGUACAUUCACGAAGGAUCCAUUUUUAUCGUACGACACCGAGGCCACCAUGGGGGGAGUCCUGGGCCUGUGCACCGCCGCAAGCUGGAUCCCUUGUCUUUGUGGCAGUGCCCCAUGUUUGCUGUGCCGGUGCUGCCCAAGUGGGAAUAAUUCCACAGUGACUCGGCUUAUCUAUGCCUUCUUCUUACUUCUUGGGGUCGGAGUUGCUUGUGUGAUGUUAUUUCCAGGGAUGGAGGAACAUCUCAAAAAGAUUCCAGGCUUUUGUGAUGGAGGAAUGGGAUCAACGAUCCCGGGAGUGAGUGCUCAUGUCAACUGUGAUGUGCUGGUCGGGUACAAAGCUGUGUAUCGUGUGUGCUUUGGGAUGGCCAUGUUUUUCCUCCUCUUUUCUCUCCUUAUGAUAAAAGUGAAGAGUAGUCAGGAUCCACGGGCUGCAAUUCACAAUGGACUCUGGUUCUUUAAGUUUGCCGCAGCCAUUGGAAUUACAGUUGGUGCAUUUUUCAUUCCUGAAGGACCCUUUACAACAGUGUGGUUCUAUGUUGGAAUGGGAGGGGCAUUCUGCUUCAUCCUCAUCCAGCUAGUGUUGCUGAUUGAUUUUGCUCACUCUUGGAAUGAGUCCUGGGUUGAAAAGAUGGAAGAAGGAAACUCUCGGUGCUGGUACGCAGCAUUGCUGUCAGCUACUGGCAUAAACUAUGCCUUGUCACUGGUAGCUGUAGUGCUAUUCUAUGUCUAUUACACCCAUCCCGAGGGCUGUUCUGAAAACAAAGCUUUUAUCAGUGUGAAUUUGCUUUUAUGUAUUGGAGCUUCUAUGAUGUCCGUUCUGCCGAAGAUCCAGGAAUCUCAGCCCAGAUCCGGUCUGCUGCAGUCUUCUGUGAUAACUAUUUACACCAUGUAUCUGACUUGGUCUGCCAUGACCAACGAGCCAGAUCGGAAAUGCAAUCCCAGUUUGCUUGGCAUAAUUGGCUACAAUACAACUACUACUCCAGGACAAAUUCAAGUAGUGCAAUGGUGGGAUGCUCAAGGAAUUGUGGGACUUGUUCUCUUCCUGCUCUGUGUUCUGUACUCCAGCAUUCGAACAUCAUCUAACAGCCAAGUGAACAAACUGACUCUAACCAGUGAUGAGUCCACACUGAUAGAAGAUGGGAGCAGGAGUGAUGGCUCUCUGGGUGAUUCUGAGGAUGUGAACCGUGCUGUGGACAAUGAACGAGAUGGGGUUACUUACAGCUACUCAUUCUUUCACUUCAUGCUGUUUUUGGCAUCAUUGUACAUCAUGAUGACACUUACCAACUGGUACAGCCCUGAUUCUUCAUAUGAGACAAUGACUAGCAAAUGGCCAUCUGUUUGGGUGAAGAUCUCCUCAAGUUGGGUGUGCAUUGCCCUGUAUGUUUGGACACUGGCUGCUCCAUUGGUGCUGACCAAUCGUGACUUUGAUUAGUGGAAGUGAAAAAGAAAAUGCAACAUGUAAAUGUGCCAGGGACACUAGGCGGCCUAGCAGCUUUUGUCAGUUGUGCAUGUUUAAUCUCAGCAUUUCCCCAUGCAUGACGUCACAGUAUAUAUGUACAGUAAGACUAGCUGUUUGAAGCUACACUCCAUAGAGCAGGUAUUAUUUAUGCUAACCAUUCCCAAUGCAGUAUGCUUUUCAAUAAUCGUGUCACAAGAAAUAGUUUUUUGUUCUUGACAUGCUAUGAAGAUUCAUAGAAAAUAGUGUUACAGUGAAAAACAAGUGUGGUUUUUAUUUCUACAAAAUCAAAUUGGUAUUUUAACUUGUCAAGUAGUUGUAGGCCAGAUGUUGCCUCAUAGGGGUGGGGGACAAAAUAGCACACACAGGUGUAGAAUUGGGACUUGUUCCUAGACCAGAGUUUCAUUUGUGCAGCAGUGUGUUUUAGUGACUUAAUCUCCAUCUUUAAUGCAUUAAUAAAGGGUUGUUUAGACUACUGGUGUUAGGUGUUUAAGAUGUGUUUCUAAUCUAAAUAAAGCACAUGUAAUAUUGUACCACAAGAGACAAUAGAUAAUUGUGAUUUUACAUGUAUUGAAUUGUGUUGCGCUGCAGUAUGGGUGUUUGAGUGCAUUACCACACACCUCCACAAGAAUGCACUGUAAACGCAGGAAAUGCAGUGAAGAAGUGUUUACUGUAGGUAUGAGUUUUACCUUAACAAAACAGCUAUUUUGUCAGAGGCCGGUUUUAAAACAAACAAAAAUCCACACAUAGAUUUAAUACAGUUGUAGAAGGAUAUAUCACCAAUUUGCUUUAUGUACAUUUUACAUGUGUAUAUUUUUAUCACAUAGCUCAAAGAAGAAUUUCAGUAAAAAAAAAAAAAAUGAAUAGCUUCCUCCCUAAGGGGGUUAUUUAUCAAAGCAGAGAGAGAUAAAGCAGCAACCAAUCGUCUUUUAAUUUUAAUUAUAGGAAAAAAUGACAGGAGCUGAUUGAUUAGUGCUUAAUCUCUCUCCACUUUAUCUCUCUCCAUGCUUAAAUAAAUACUCCCCUUAUUAUCCAGGCAGGAGAUAGCAUCACUAACAAUAUUAUAACACUUUGCAAUUGGCUAAUGACACUGAUUAGGUGAAAAUAAGUGGAAUUAUUUUCUGUCUAGAACAGUGGUUCUCUGUGACUUUACAUGUGGUAACCCCUGGCAGCCUAUUUGUGUUAUUCCCUCGACCAUAUGCUAAACAUUUGUAAUGACUAUUAAUUGCAUGUAGAUACAAAUGUUGUUUAGGUGAAACCAUAUAUAAAAGAAAUACUUGUAAAAACAAGAAUAGCAUAAAUUGUACAUAUGUAUUUGUCACAUACUGCAUUACAAUUUAUGUACAAUUGACACCAAAAUUACAGUCCACAUUCUUUCUUAUACAGGGACAGGCUUUUACAUUAGGGUCCUGUUGUUAUGCAUAGGACUAGUGUUCCCCAGGAUACUACUUUCCUGUGUGUCCCACCCCGCUACUACAGCGAGUACCCCAGGUUGAGAACCACUGGUCUUGAAGAUUUAUAACAGAAGUGUUAUUGGUUUGUAUCGGACUUUAGGGUAGAAAUAUGUAAUGCAGUGCUUUAUGAUCCCCUCAGCAUUGCGUGAUUUGUAGUUUCAGAACAUACUUGUUUUUUUUAGGUUUAUAAGACUAUAGAAUUUCCAGCUUAUUGUGGAAAAGUUCACAUUUUGUAGUCAGUAUUUGCUUUUUAGGCUUUGGUAUUAUGUUAUCUGAAAAGUGUGCGUUUUGUUCUAUAUAUUUAGUCAUUCAGUAAUUAAAUGUGGUCAGAUAUCUUUUGUUUUGUACAUGGGAAGAGAGACACAUUUAGGCCGUUGUGAAGUAUAAAUGGUUAAAUCCAACUUUUCUUUCUUUUUUUUUUAAUUUAACUUUAUGGAACUCUUUUAAUGUUAAUAAAUAAAACAUACACUUCUGUUUGA